AUGCCGCUCAAGGCAACACCGUCUGAGUUUUCUACACAAACAUUUGCAACGCCUGCAGACUUCGAGGCUUUCCUCGAGCGCGAACAUGCCACUGCGCCGGGCGUCUACGUUAAGCUUGCCAGGAAGAGCUCCGGUAUACCGUCGAUAACUGCCGCUGAAGCUGUCGAAGUCGCGCUGUGCUAUGGCUGGAUCGACGGUCGCGCCAACGCUUGCGAUGACGCGUUUUGGACAGUACGCUAUACGCCGAGACGAGCGAAGAGUAUAUGGUCUCAAAAGAAUGUUGGGACGGUAUCGCGUCUCAUCGAGGACGGCCGAAUGCGUCCUGCCGGCCUGGCAGCCAUCGAUGCUGCGAAGGCCGACGGAAGAUGGGAUCGUGCAUAUGCGGGCUCUGCUACAAUCGUAAUGCCUGAUGACCUCAAGGAUGCGCUUGCUCGGGUACCCGCAGCGAAAGCUCAAUGGGAAAGCAUGAGCAAGAGCGAUAGAUAUGCUGCAUUGUUAAGGGUAGAGACAGGCACAAAGAACGCAAGGUCGAAAAGAAUGCAAAGCAUAGUCCAAGGACUUGCGACUGGAAGACGGCAAGAUAGUAGGGCUGGUUCAAACCGGACAGCUCGAAAGAUCCCUAUGAGAGUUCAAAGAGCCACUCCAAAUGCUGAGCCAAAAGUGCACAGGACUUCGCCACUUCGAGCCGGACUUCGACAGCGCAAGAUCUAA